UGGACAACUAAGUUUUCCCUGGGUUUACGAGAACUGAACUGAAGUGGAAAAUGUUAUUUGCUUUAACGAAAUAAUUUCGUCUUGUGCAACAAAAAAUUCUGUCAAUCAAGCAAAUAAAGAGAGAAAGGCUUAUUUAUAAAGUUGCCGGCUUCUGAUUUCAUUCCGUUGCUUCUCAGGCUCCAAGAGGAAAAGAAAAUGAAGACUUCCUUGCUCUGUAUUUUUCUAAUUUUAUGUAGUACCUCAGCCUGGGCGAAAGAUAAACAUUAUUACAUUGGAAUUAUUGAAACAACUUGGGACUAUGCCUCUGACCAUGGGGAAAAGAAACUUAUUUCAGUUGACACGGAACAUGCCAAUAUCUAUCUUCAAAAUGGCUCCAAUAGAAUUGGAAAAGUCUACAAGAAGGCCGUGUAUCUUCAGUACACAGAUGAAACCUUUGGGACGAAUAUAGAGAAACCUGUCUGGCUGGGGUUUUUAGGCCCUAUUAUCAAAGCUGAAACUGGAGAUAGAGUUUAUGUACAUUUAAAAAACUUUGCCUCUAGGCCUUAUACGUUUCAUGCACAUGGAAUGACUUACUAUAAGGAACAUGAGGGGGCCAUCUACCCUGACAACACCACAGAUUUUCAAAAAGCAGACGACAAAGUGCGGCCAGGUGAACAGUGUAUGUACAUAUUGCAUGCCAACCCAGAACAAGGUCCUGGUGAGGAAGACAGCAAUUGUGUGACCAGGAUUUACCAUUCCCACAUUGAUGCUCCAAGAGAUAUCGCCGCAGGACUCAUUGGGCCUUUAAUACACUGUAAAAAAGAUUCUCUGGAUAAAGAAGAAGAAAAAAAUAUUGACAAAGAAUUUGUGGUGAUGUUUUCUGUUGUGGAUGAAAAUCUCAGCUGGUACCUAGAAGACAACAUUAAGACCUACUGCUCUGAACCAGAGGAGGUUGACAAAGACAAUGAAGACUUCCAGGAGAGUAACAGAAUGUAUUCUGUGAAUGGAUAUGCUUUUGGAAGUCUCCCAGGACUCUCCAUGUGUGCUGAGGACAGAGUAAAAUGGUAUCUUUUUGGUAUGGGUAAUGAAGUUGAUGUGCAUGCAGCUUUCUUCCAUGGGCAAACGUUGACUAAUAAGAACUACCGUGUUGAUACAAUCAAUCUCUUUCCUGCUACCCUCUUUGAUGCUUUUAUGGUGGCCCAGAACCCUGGAGAAUGGAUGCUUAGCUGUCAGAAUCUAAACCAUCUGAAAGCUGGUUUGCAGGCCUUUUUCUGGGUACAAGACUGUAAGAAGCCUUCAUCUGAGAACGAUAUCCAUGGCAAACAUGUUAGACACUACUACAUCGCUGCUGAGGAAAUCAUCUGGAACUAUGCACCCUCCGGCAUAGACACCUUCACCAAAGAAAACUUAACAGCACCUGGAAGUGAUUCAGAGGUAUUUUUUGAACAUGGUUCUACAAGAAUCGGAGGCUCAUAUAAAAAGCUGGUUUAUCGUGAGUACACAGAUGCCUCCUUUACAGACCGAAAGGAGAGAGGCCCUGAAGAGGAACAUCUUGGCAUCCUGGGUCCUGUCAUUUCGGCAGAGGUGGGAGACACCAUCAGAGUCACCUUCCAUAACAAAGGAACAUAUCCCCUCAGUAUUGAACCGAUUGGGGUGAGAGUCGAUAAAAGCAACGAGGGCACGUACUACAAUUCAAGCAGAAGUGCGCCUCCUUCUUCAGCCUCCCAUGUGGUACCCGAAGGAACAUUCACCUAUGAAUGGACUGUCCCCAAAGAAGUAGGACCCACUUACAAAGAUCCUGUCUGUCUAGCUAAGAUGUAUUAUUCUGCUGUGGAUCCCACCAAAGAUAUAUUUACUGGGCUUAUCGGGCCAAUGAAAAUAUGUAGGAACGGAAGUUUACUUGCAAAUGGGAGACUGAAGGAUGUAGACAAGGAGUUCUAUUUGUUUCCUACAGUGUUUGAUGAGAAUGAGAGUUUACUCCUGGAUGAUAAUAUUAGAAUGUUUACAACAGCACCUGAUCAGGUGGAUAAGGAAAAUGAAGACUUUCAGGAAUCUAAUAAGAUGCACUCCAUGAAUGGAUUCAUGUACGGGAAUCAGCCUGGUCUCAACAUGUGCCAAGGAGACUCAGUUGUGUGGUAUUUAUUCAGUGCUGGAAAUGAGGUUGAUGUACACGGGAUAUACUUUUCAGGAAACACUUAUCUGUCAAGAGGAGAAAGGAGAGACACAGCAAACCUCUUCCCUCAAACAAGUCUGAGGCUCUUCAUGCAGCCUGACACGGAAGGAACUUUUGAUGUUGAGUGCCUCACAACUGAUCACUACACAGGUGGCAUGAAACAAAAAUACACUGUGAACCAGUGCAGGCAGCCAUCUGAGAAUUCAUACCACUACCUGGGAGAAAGGACCUACUACAUAGCAGCGGUGGAGGUGGAAUGGGAUUAUUCCCCAAGUAGGAAAUGGGAAAAGGAGCUGCAUCAUUUACAAGAACUAAAUCUUUCAAAUGCAUUUUUAGAUAAGGAAGAAUUUUACAUAGGCUCAAAGUACAAGAAAGUUGUGUAUCGGCGAUUCACUGACAGCACAUUCCAAGUUCCUGGGGAGAGAAAACCUGAAGAAGAACACCUGGGAAUUCUAGGUCCACAACUUCAUGCAGAUGUUGGAGACAAAGUUAAUAUUAUCUUUAAAAACAUGGCCACAAGGUCCUACUCAAUACACGCCCAUGGGGUGAAAACGGAGAGUUCUACAGUGACUCCAACCGCACCAGGUGAAACUCGCACUUACAUAUGGAAAAUCCCAGAAAGAUCUGGAGCUGGAAUAGAAGAUUCUCCUUGUAUUCCAUGGGCUUACUAUUCAACUGUGGAUCGGGUUAAGGAUCUCUUUAGUGGAUUAAUUGGCCCACUGAUUGUUUGUCGGAAACAUUACUUGCAAGUAUUCAAUCCCAUAAAGAAACUGGAAUUUUCCCUUCUGUUUCUUGUUUUUGAUGAGAAUGAAUCUUGGUACUUAGAUGACAACAUCAAAACAUACUCUGAUCACCCUGAGAAAGUAGACAAAGCCAAUGAUGAAUUCAUAGAAAGCAAUAAAAUGCAUGCUAUUAAUGGAAGAAUGUUUGGGAACUUACAAGGCCUCACAAUGCAUGUGGGAGAUGAAGUCAACUGGUAUCUGAUGGGAAUGGGCAAUGAAAUAGACUUGCACUCGGUACAUUUCCAUGGCCACAGCUUCCAAUACCAGCACAGGGGCAUUUAUAGUUCUGAUGUCUUUGACAUUUUCCCUGGGACAUACCAAACCUUAGAAAUGUCUCCAAAAACACCUGGAAUCUGGUUACUCCACUGCCAUGUGACUGACCACAUUCAUGCUGGAAUGGAAACUACUUACACCGUUCUACCAAAUGAAGAGACCAAGUCUGGAUAUAAGAAAUAAAUUGGUGAUAAAUGAAAAAAAAAAAAAAAAGAAAAAACAAUGAUUCAUAACAAUGUUAUGUGAAAGUGUUGAAUAGAAGGCUUACUUGGAAUGGCUAUAAGCAUUAAAAAAAGACUGAAAACAUAUACUUUUGUGCAUUUAUGGGGAUAACUGUGUUACACUGUUUCAUAUGAAAAGAUCAAUAGACUGUAUUAUGACACAUGACUGACUCUAAUACACAUAUCACCACCAUUAGGGCUUUACAAAACUGUAUUAAAAAAAAAAAACUAUGAGCAGAUGUUGUCCUGGACAGUCCUCAAAGGAUCACUAUUAAGAUUCAAUGAUUUCAAUAAUAAAUAAAAAAAUAAACAAACAAACAAACAAAUAAGAUCCAAUGAAAUGUUUCCAAACUUCGGCUUCCCAUCAAUCCCUCUAACAUACUGCUAACAUCAGUCCUAAUGGACCAGUGGAAUAGGGGCACAGGUGUAGAGGAAGUAAAAUGAAAAAUUAAACAGAUAAAAUAUUAGUAAUAAAAUUUCAAAACGGUGAGGCCAAUAUUGAACUUCUAAUCUACAGAACUGUAAGAUAAUUAAUUUUGUGUUGUUUUAAGCCACUAAGCCUGUGAUAAUUUGUUACAGCAGCAAUAGAAAAUCAAUAGGGUACCCUUUGAAGAUG